GCUUAGGGUUUGGUUUUUACCUUUGGUUCAGAUAACCUCUGAAGGGAGCAAUGCGUCUCCUAGCCUGUCUGGGCAUCAUGCUUAGCUUUCUGGAAGGAGUGAGCUGCUCGUGUCCUUCACAGUGCACCUGCGAUUACCACGGCAGAGAUGAUGGCACAGGAUCGAGGUCGGUGCUAUGCAAUGACCUGGACAUGAACGAAGUCCCUGUGAACUUCCCCGUGGACACUGCGAAGCUUCGCAUAGAGAAGACCGUCAUCCGCAGCAUCCCCGCCGAGGCCUUCUACUACCUGGUGGAGCUCCAGUACCUCUGGUUGACUUACAAUUCCAUCGCCAGCCUCGAGACCAGCAGCUUUUACAACCUGGGGCAGCUGCACGAGCUGCGCCUGGAUGGGAAUUCUCUGGCUGCCUUCUCUUGGGCAGCUCUUCUGGACAUGCCCCACCUCAGGACCCUGGAUCUGCACAAUAACAGAAUAACCAGUGUGCCAAAAGAGGCUGUCGGCUACCUGAAGAACCUCGCCUACUUGGACUUAUCAAGCAACAGACUCACCACACUGCCGCCAGAAUUCCUGGAGAGCUGGUCCCACGUACUUACACCCUCACCCAGAGGCCCGAGACUUUCACCAAGAAGAAUUGUUCUUGGUCUGCAGGACAACCCUUGGUUCUGUGACUGUCACAUUUCCAAAAUGAUCGAGAUGUCCAAAGUUGCGGACCCUGCCAUAGUACUUCUUGAUCCGCUGAUGGUCUGUAGUGAGCCCGAGCGCCUGACAGGGAUUUUAUUUCAGCGGGCUGAGCUGGAGCGGUGUCUGAAGCCAUCGGUGAUGACCUCGGCCACCCAGAUCACGUCUGCUGUGGGCAGUAAUGUCCUGCUGCGGUGUGAUGCUACUGGCUACCCCACCCCACAGCUCACGUGGACAAGAUCUGACAGCUCACCGGUUAAUUAUACAGUGAUUCAGGAAUCUCCAGGGGAAGGAGUCAGAUGGUCCAUAAUAAGCUUGACAGGCAUUUCUUACAAAGAUGCUGGGGAUUACAAGUGUAAGGCCAAAAAUCUGGCUGGGAUGUCAGAAGCCAUGGUCACUGUGACAGUGGUUGGUGUUGCUACGGCCACCAUAGCAUCAGACGCUUCAGAAGGAAGAAAUGGAGAUCACCCUGAGCCAGAAGUCCAGCCAGGAUCCAGAAGAUCGACAUCCUCGCCUGGUUUACCACCGUCUCCCUGGCUUUCUUCCUCCUCUUCUUUCUCCCCCUCUGUUUCCACGUUUCUUUCUACUUCUACUUCAUCUCCUCCCUCUGCUGCUACCUUCUCCUUCUCUCCUUUCUCCUCCUCCAUUGUUACUUCAACCACCACUUUAAACACUAAAAUCUCAACAAGCGCCACCACGGCCAGCCAGCAGUCACUUCUGCUCCAUCCAGAUGGGACAAGAAAUUUAAAGGUGGAGAUGGGUAGAAAUAAGCUUCCCCCAGCUAUUGUAAGUGAAAAAGAAGAGCUAGCACCAUUGGAUCAAGCAAUGCCUGUGAAGACGUAUACCACUAUAAAAAACCUCAGGUCAGUCAGUGAGACCAGAGAGAGUGUGACCUUGAUGUGGAACACUGUCAACACCACACAUAACUCUGAGGUGACCGUGUUGUAUUCCAAGCAUGGUGAAAAGGACCUGCUACUGCUGAAUGCAGACUCCGGCAAGAACCAAGUAACCAUAGAUGGCUUGGAGCCUGGCAGGCAGUACAUAGCAUGUGUCGGUCCGAAAGGGGUGUCUCCCCAGAAAGACCAAUGUAUCACCUUUUCUACUGACAGAGCUGAAGAAGGUUAUUCUCAAGGGCCCUUCCUCAUUGUGGUGAGCGGUACAGCCUGUGUUAUCAUCUUGCCAUUGAUUGUUUUCCUGUUGUACAAAGUUUGCAAACUGCUGUGCCAGUCAGAAUCCUUCUGGGAAGAUGAUCUGGCAAAAGAGACAUAUAUCCAAUUUGAAACCCUGUCCCCGAGGUCUCAAAGUCUAGGGGAACUGUGGAUACGAAAGCACAGAGAUGAUUCAGAAAAGUUGUUGCUUUGUUCUGGGUCAAGUGUGGAAUCUCAGGUGACUAUUAAAAGUGAGGGCUCUAGGCCAGAGUAUUAUUACUAAGGUUUUAUAGCUCAGGCACUCAAGAAUGCAAAAAGUUUCUUCCAAAAAAUGAAGUAUCGCCCUGGACGGUUUGGCUCAGCGGUUAGAGCGUUUG